AAAGGAAAAAGCAGAGUGUAGGGAAAGUGCAGGAAGUCCCCAACCGCCAUUGAGAACCGUCGAUAAAAGAACCACUCUACAGUCUACGUUCCUGAAUACUCGCUUUGGAAAACCCUUUUGACUCUCCUUCCAUCUCGUCUCGAACCUUAUAGAUCCAUCCGUCGGUUAACAGCGAACAAGCGGGCGAGCCGCCAAGCGAUGGUUGUGAACGAAAGGCCGUUGAAGAGGAUGAAGAGAAGGAUAUUCGCAGAUCUAAAUGACUUUUUCAGUUUUCCGGCCGCGGAGGAGUCGGAGUCGACCGUCGGAGUCCACCACCACCAGCAGCCCUUCAGGGACAGCGUGCGGGCGUUUCUGGAGAAGCACGCGCGGCUCAUGCUUACGCCGUCGGUGCUACCGUGCCUGCUGACGUGGCAGGUCCUUCUUCGAGUAACCGACUGUCCGGAUCCGGUUGUCGUGGUCCUCUACGUGGUGGAGGAGGACGUCACCGGAUCUACUCGGAGAUCCGUCUACUGUGACCAGUGCCGAGUCGUUGGUUGGAGUGGGCAUCCAGUGUGCCGAAAGCGAUACCAUUUCAUAGUAAGAAGGGAAGAGAGUGGGCUUGCGAUGGAUGGAUACCAAAGGUCGUGUUCGAGAUGCGGAAACCAGCUCUCUGAAUCAAAGAGUAUAUGUAAAUGUUGGAGCUCUGCGAUUACAGUGGAUGAUUCUGAAGACUGGGUGCAUCGUCAACUUGAAGAUCUUACUCAUCUUCUGCAUGGUGUUGUUCACUCCAAUGGCUAUGCCCAUCUUCUUACACUCAAUGGCAAAGAAGGAGGCUCCAAGUUCCUAUCCGGGCGUGACAUUAUGGACUUCUGGAACAGGCUCUGUACGUCACUUGCCGUCAGGAAGGUUAGUGUUAUGGAUGUAUCAAAAAAAUAUGGGAUGGAGUACCGAGUACUUCAUGCAAUUACCAAAGGUCAUCCUUGGUAUGGUGAAUGGGGUUACAAAUUUGGUGCAGGGAGCUAUGCUCUCACCGAGGAGGCUUACCAGAAAGCUGUAGAUACAAUAUCGUGCAUGCCCUUGUCCUCGUUUUUGUUCCAGGGGAGGGGAGCUCGAACUCAUCUGCAGGCCAUUAUUGCUUUUUACCAGUCCCUAUCGGACACUCCACUACAAACAGUCAAGGAUCUUUUCUCUUUUUUGCUGAGUUUGAUCCAUAAAGUUCGUAAGCAACUGAAGCCAAGUACAUCUGAGAAGCCUGAGUUCAGCACCUCAAAUGUGUUGGUUGCAUGGACAAGUAAUGAUGUUGUACGUGUGCAAGAAGCUAUUAUUAAGGUGCUACUUGCCGCAGCUGGUGAGGCCAACUGGGUGACAAGUCGUGCUCUUAAGGGUGCAAUGUGCAAGUCGGCAUCUCCGGGGCUUCUUGAUUAUUGCCUUAAGCACUUGGGAGGGAAGCUGGCAGCCAAUGGCAUGGUGGUUUUGUCUCAGUACAAUCCCAUUUCCAGUGCCGUGGAGUUCAGGCUUGAGCCUUCUAGUCUUGUGCACAAUGGAUUUGAUUUGAAUUCAAACCAUCCAUCAGAGGAGCAAAUUGUUUGUGAUCUCAAAUUUUUAUAUGAAUCAAUUCUACACCCAGAUACCAUGGUGAACUUUAAACCCCAAGCAAUGUGGGAACGUCUCUUUGAUUCUGCAACUAAGCUUCUUGACUGCAAGCAAUUUAUGAAGGACUAUGAAACUGAUAGAAAUGCAGCCGAGAACCCUUCUGCCAUACAGCUCUGGUGUCAUGUUGAGCUCUCUGAUCGGCCUAAAGAUGACCUAGCACUACCUCCAGAGCUAGUGGUCUUGCCCUUGAAUGCAACUGUUGCAGACCUUAAAAGUGAAACUACUAAAGCUUUUCAAGAAGUGUAUGCUAUGUUUAGAAGGUUUCAGGCUGAGAAGCUACCCGAGUUUGGCUUCAUAGAAGAUUCAAUUACUUUGAAAUUCUUGGUUGGAUUGAGUGCAUCAAUUCGAGUUCAAGGAGGAUGCCGUGCUAAACACGGGCUACACCGCUUCCGGAUGGAGAGGGGAAUGGAGAAAUGGACGGUUGAUUGCACAUGUGGGGCUAAGGACGAUGAUGGGGAGAGAAUGCUGGCUUGUGAUACUUGUGGUGUUUGGCAGCACACUAGGUGUGCUGGGAUUGACAACUCAGAUGCAAUCCCAACAAAGUUUGUUUGCCUGAGUUGCUUUAAAUUAUACAGCAAGGAAUAUAAAGAGGUCACUAAUUUUUGUUGUGAAACUAAUGGGGAUUUGUUACCCAGUACAUCUUGUAAGGAGGAAGUUGUGGCGACAGAUGGCCCUGGCAUUGCCUCCAUAACUUUGACUUUAGUGUAGGUUCCAGUGUAGUGUACUAGUAGGUCAUCUUGUAUAUGUACAGUUUCUUUUUUCGACGACAUGCUAUUUAUCAGUUUUGGCCCAAUUUAUAAAAAGCUUUAAAAGAAGCAAAAUUUUUGCGAGCC